UAGCCUCAUAUUUAUAACUUUUAAAAUAUAUAGAAGAUAUAUAAUUUAUAAGUAUCAAUUAGAUGUAUUUAUUCUUAAUUAUAUUAGUUUUGCAUAAUAAGAAAAUAAAUAAAUAAGAAAUGGACUUUCUUUCUUUGUAAAUAUAAAGGUUAAAGAUCUUUAUACUAAUAGAUAAACCACUAAAAAAACAAUUAGAAUUAGAUAGCAUUAAAAGAUAUUAAAAAUCAGUAAAUUUUAUUAAAACAAAUCUUCAAGAGAUUUAUGUUAGAUUAAAACAGCUAGUAAAAGGCAAGCACUUUUUGCUAUAUCUGCGAGUAAAAAAUAGUUCCAAGUUAAUCAUUUUAGAUUUGUUGCGGAAAGAAUGUGUGUGAAAACUGUUUAAAAUAGAGGGAGUUAAAUAUAGUGUGUCCAAAAUGUAAUUCUCAGCAUGAUCCAUAACGGAUAAUCAAUAUCACUAAUAAAAUGAGGGGAGAAUAAAAUUUUUUUAAAAAAAGCAAUAAUUUUAAUAAUAACAAUUAAUUUGAAUAGAAUAAUUAAAAAGAAAUAUAGGUAAAAAUGGUUUAAAGUUUAAAAUAAAGCUAAAAUUUAGAGUAAAAUAGCUUAGAAUUUAAAAAUUCUGCUUUAAAAAGAAAUAAUCCUCAACAAAUUUAGGGAAGCAAUCAAUAAAAUAGAAUGAGAGAAGAAUAAGAAAUCAAUAGGAGCUAAGCUAAAUUUAAGAAAGUGCCUAAUAGAUAGUUUUUUAGUUAAACAACAUUCAAAAAAAUAGCAAAUAAAAAAUAGCCUUUUGUUUUCGAUUAGCCUUUUUAAGAUCCAAACUGUGAACAAACAUAGCAUUACAAUCCAUCUUUGGCUAAAAUUUAAUAAUAAAGUUUUAGCUAACAAGAAGCAUUUUUUUCACAAUCACUUCAUCCUGCUGCAUAAAGUCAAGAUAAUAUGAACAAUAAUGGCAAUUUUAAUAAUAAUAAUGUUUUUGAUUAGUUAAAUUAGAGUCAAAAUAAUUAAAAUAUUUAGAAUCUGAGAAAUAAUAAGUUAGAAAGUAAUAUUUAAACUUAAAUAAAUUAUUAAGAACCACUUAAUAAUAAUUAAAUGAACCCUUCAUUUUAGCAGUAAUAAAUAGAUUAAUUUCAACAGCCUUAAGUUCCUUUUUUCUAAGAAGGUCGUUCAAGCUAAUUUAUGUCAAAUUAAAAUAGGACAAAAAACAUUGAUCGAUUCGGUGCAACUCCUUAUACACCUGUCUAAAAGCAAAACAAUCAGCUAUUUUAUUCAGUUAGAUAAACUAAAAUAAGGCAAGACAACUUUUUUAUAAAUAAUACACCAUAAUAGAGCCAAUAAUUAGCCUCUUCGAAAAUAAAUAUCCAAUAAAAUGAUGAUAUCUUAUUUAAAUAAACAGAAUCACCAUAUGUUAAUUAGCAUUGCUAGCAGCCUAUUUAUAACUAGUAAUUUUUUGAGCAAAAUUAACCUUUAACGACCUACUAACCUUUUAUUCAAGACUCUGUCAUAAUUAAUACUUAGCCUACUCCUGCAAUUUCUUUCUCACCCUUUAUUUUUGCAGCUUAACCUCCUGCUGUAUUUCCUGAACCUAUUUUUUAUGUAGUUUAAGACAAUUUUAUUUAACAUCAACCUCCUUAAUUUGGCACGAAUUUAUUUUAAUAAAUAUCUAGUAAUAAUUAAUAAAAUAAUCAAUAAAUUAAUAAUACUGAUUUAAAUCAGACUAGUGUUACAAAGCCUAUCUAUUUAAAUUUUAACGAAAGCAAAAGCACAACGCCAAAAAAAUCAAUUUAUGAUAUAUAUCAUGAUAGUAUAUCGUCAAAAAAUUUGAAAGAGUAAGAAAGCUUAAUGGAUUUGUCAAGCCAAAAUUCAACAACUUAAUCAAGCUAGUAUCCUAAGCUAAACCUAGAUUAAAAUAUAUCCUUCAAUUAAAUUAGAGAUUGGCAUCAAUCCAAUAUCAAAAGGAAUGGAGAUUACCUUUUUAAAGAUAGUUAAAGAGAUAGUAUAUAUUCAAAUGAUGAUUCUUCAUUAUUUUCACAAUAAAGUAAUUAGUAAUCCAUAAAUUUCAAUAGCAUCGAUAGAUAAUAAUAAUAACUUUUUGAAAGUAUUUGUAAUAACUUACAAAGAUAAAGAAUAUAGUAAUAAAAUUCAAAUGAACAAAGCUAAGAAUUGAAAAAUUCAGAAAAUAUCUAUAAUGAUGGUAAUUACUAGUAUUUUUAAAAUAGUGAACCAUUUGGAAGUAGUAUUAAUUACUAACACUAGAACUAAUAAUAAUAAACAAAUUAAGACUAUUAAUCACCGAAUAACAAUGUAAACAACUAAUAGUUAUAGAUAAAUUAAUUGGAUUAGGACUUUGAUUUUGAGUAAUAGUUCCAAAAUAUCCAUAUAUGA